GUUUUAUGCGCCUUGUACCGAAAUAAGCUUGUAGGACUCGUGUAAUAUCUACUAUCGACUCGUAGACGAGACUUAAAUAGCAGCUGUAUGUGCUCUUUGCGGCCCUUUGUUCCGUCGUGGUAAUGCCCCUGCAGCUGACCAAGCUUCAGCACUAUUGCAGAAGCUAUCUUUGGACUCUCCGCCGAAGACCCAUGACGCUGUUGAGGCUACCGCACCGCUUCUCGCCCAACAAGGAUCAAGCAAUCGAGAAUCAUCAAACAUGGAGACCCCCUCAAACCGUUCACCGACACCACUUUGUGUCUGAGUUUGCGGAUCCCAACAUGUUUUACGUAGCCAGCGGUUAUGCAUCCCCAGCUUACUUGUAUGGAGGUUACGAUGGUUCUGUCAAUGAGUGGGAUCUGUACCAAGGAUAUGCAUACACUCCUUAUGGUACUUAUCCUUUUAAUGGAUCAUCAAUUCCGGCCAUGGCACAUGAUGGUCAACUCUAUGGAGCACAGCAGGAUCAGUAACCGGUUCCAUUUUUCCAGCCAAAUGCACCAACUCGUGCAACUCAGACACCAAGGCCACCUACUUGUCGAGGAGAAGUUUCUACCCCUGUUGCUGCUGAUCAGCCUCCAGUUCCGGUGGAUAGAGCCGAGAGAAACACCAAUGGAAUUUCUAACGGUGAUGUAAACGAGAAUGAUGGACGAGGUACUCUGAGGUCGUCGGGUCACCAAAAUCCAUCACUUGUUCUCGAUGCUUCGUAUGGGAAGGGAGGGUUGCUGGGUGGGCUUCAUUCUACUGGUUAUCAAGACCCUCGAUUCGGUCCCGGUCCUGAUGGAUCCAGGCCCUUAUUCUCGAAUGAGCAACACAGACCGCCUACAACUUUCUCUCUUUCGGCCGCAACAACGUGUGAUUCCAAAACUUGUUCGGUGAGAAAUCAGAAUCAACAACACCUCGAUUCUUUGAAAAGUUUGCUGUUUUUAAUGACUGCUUUCCGUUGAUCACCGACGUGUGUGCGCCUAGAAUUUCUUGGGGAUU